AUGGAUGCUCAUGAAAAUUUUACCAUUGGCAUCAUCUGCCCUUUGGGAAAAGAACUACAUGCGGUCAUAGCGAGCUUUGACGGUGGAUACACAGCGGAACGUGACGAGGGCAGGAACACGACAUAUUAUCAUGGAAAGCUAGCUGAUAAAGACGUCGUUGCUGUAUGUCUACCAGAAGGACAUGAUGGCCUUACGACCACAGUCACCUACGCUGAACGUCUACAACAGCGAUACCCGUGUCUAAGAAUCCGAUUCUUGACUGGCAUCGCGGGCGGUGUUCCUGGUGGCGAAAUUGAUGUCAGGCUAGGCGAUGUUGUUGUCGCUACUCAGACUGUGAAUUAUCGUAAGGGUCGAUUGGAGAGAAACAAUAAUCUUUGUUGUACCGCGCAUCGACGUAACGCCCCUAAACAACUUCUUGACCACCUUAGUGAUCCAAUUUUGGACGCGCAGCUGAACGGCGAGCACCUUGCGGAAAUCUUACGUGGCAUGAGAGCCAAAUCUCAAGAUGCUCACGCUAAUCAGGACGAGAAUCAUCGGUGGUCGCGACCCUCUACGGAGUAUGAUCUUCUCUUCAAGCACGAUUACAAUCACGCAGACGCAGAAGCGAAAAAUUGUCAAGACUGCGAGAGGGACAACCUGUUCAUUCGCAGUUCUAGAGCUAGAGCGCUUCCCCAAGUACACAAAGGCUUAAUAGCAUCUGGCGAUGUUGUAUUGAAAGACGGAUGCACUCGCAACAAGCUCAAAGAUGAUUUCAAUGGGGUCAUAGCCGUUGACAUGGAAGCUAGCGCUCUGAAUGAGCAUGGAUACAUCGUUGUUCGAGGGAUAUGCGACUAUGCGGACACGCACAAGAAUGACAUCUGGCAAAACUAUGCUGCUGCGGUAGCGGCAGCAUGUACACGAGUCUUAGCACUAUCUUUGAGCUCAAGAGACAGCUCCGUGCCAAGGCUGUCUCGGCUUUCACAAAUCCCAAUUCCCCCUGAGAUACCAGCAGUCCCUAGAAACCAUGUCGGAAUCACCUGGUCUCCAGUGUCCUCAGAGACGGCUUUAACGACUGGGAGGGUGCGACCUUUCCCUCUGAACGGUCCUGCACAAACUGUCGAAGUCUGUUCCUGCUUUCUAUCGAGUGUGGGAAUUAAGAAGCGCAAUGCUGACGGUGUAGGGAGACACAUUGAGGCAGCGCUUGGCGAAUCCGAAGUCACAUUAUGGCGCUGUGGAGGCCCCGAGUUCCAACAGAUGUACUGGCGCCUCCAAAUUGCCCCAGCGACCUCGAAUCAGGAUGAGACAACGUAUUUAUGGCUCCCUUUAGCAGACAUACUCGUCAAGCUCACUGGCACGUUGCUUACUUUGCAGUUCUCAGAUUGCAACCAGCUUGGCUGGAUGAAUGAAUACGGCACACUCCAAGGCAGAAAUCAGUAUACUCCGAUUUACAACUCAGAGCAUCCUAACGUAGAAGUCAGAUUGCUCUUUAGCGACGAGGACGCCGCCAAAGGCUUCUCCGAGAAGCUCCUCGACCUACGCAAUGCUUUUAGGGUUGAUCUUAACCCGAUUCAGCAGCUGGGGGCAUCAGACAGCCAGAUUGUUUGGCUCUACGAAUUAGAAAGUUCAAGCUUCGAGCCCUUCGUCCCACUAUUGUUGGCCAUCAUGCAAGAGCAUGAGUUUGAAGGACUGAAAUAUCACAGGCUUGUUCUUCGAUAUAUCAAAGAUCACUUCAAUUUCGAGCUAAGGGCAAAUUCAAAUCCAGAACAAACAGAAGUCAGCAUACACCAUUGCCAUGAGAUAAUAUACCACGCUACACCCUAUGUCUCUGCAUAUUGGCCUCCUGACAUGGUCCUUAAAAAUGUCGAGGGCUGUCCAACAAGAAUCGAAUUAGGGUGCAAGUCGGGAAGUCACACACUAUCACUCACUCUGCCGAGCGAUGGCGGGUAUGAUCGGACUAGGUUUAUGAAUAAUCUGGUACCAGGCGAGUGGAGGCUUUUGCGCCCUGGUUUCACGGUACAAUUCCGAUCUUUCUCCAGGUCACGAUUCAGAAAUCCAGUCCAGGGUUAUGAGACAUGUGAACUCAUGAUCUGGCGAUUGGGGCCUCAGGGUCUGAUCCUGCUUCGCACAACAAGAUCAUCAAAUUCGCAAUGGCUCUCAUCCGCCCUGACGACUGGUGGAAUCCAAGUUCUGAGCUCAAGCGAUACUGGAUCACUGCCUUGCAACUCUCCAACUCUCCGAGUCAACUCUGUCAAAUGUAUCAUCACUUUAUCGAACGCAAGACACUGCAGAGGUGAUUUCUUACUUCGCAGAAAUACUGGGCUUCAGGUUGCAACAUUUGAACGAUCGAGAAACAUGGAUAGCAGAAAAGAAGCAACAGUUGUUAACUGGGCUCAGCUGGAACAAGAAUACAAAUUCCACAACCCAGAGAGUAUGCAAGUCUUUCGAACCUUGCUGGAACCGUUCUUGUUCUAUCGAGGGCCGAUCCGUGGAAGAAGAGCAAAUUCGGCGGAUGUCGCGGCGAUCGAAAGGCUGCAACAGACGCCGAGAAACAAUUCAAUGCCAUAA